GCCAGCCCGCGCAGGGGCCACCGCUGCCCCUCUCUGCGCUCGUCAUGCAUCCCGGGACGCCCGGGCCACUGUGGCCACUGCCCUGGGGGGCUCUGGCUUGGGCUGUGGGCUUCGUGGGCUCCGUGGGCUCGGGGGACCCCAUGCCGGGUGGUGUCUGCUGGCUGCAGCAGGGCAGAGAAGCCAUCUGCAGCCUGGUGCUGAAGACCGACGUGAGCCAGGCUGAGUGCUGUGCCUCCGGCAACAUUGAUACUGCCUGGUCCAACUUCACCUACCCAGGAAACAAGAUCAGCCUUCUGGGCUUCCUGGGCCUUGUCCACUGCCUCCCCUGUAAAGAUUCGUGCGAGGGUGUGGAGUGCGGUCCCGGCAAGGCGUGCCGCAUGCUGGGGGGCCGCCCGCACUGCGAGUGCGUGCCCGACUGCGUGGAGCUCCCGGCGCGCCUGCAGGUCUGUGGCUCGGACGGCGCCACCUACCGUGAUGAGUGUGAGCUACGCGUCGCGCGCUGCCGCGGCCACCCCGACCUGCGUGUCAUGUACAUGGGCCGCUGCCGCAAGUCGUGCGCCCACGUGGUGUGCCAGAGGCCGCAGUCGUGCGUGGUGGACCAGACCGGCAGCGCCCACUGCGUGAUGUGUCGCGCUGCGCCCUGCCCCGCGCCCUCCAGCCCGGGCCAGGAGCUUUGCGGCAACAACAACGUCACCUACAUGUCUUCGUGCCAUCUUCGCCAGGCCACCUGCUUCCUGGGCCGCUCCAUUGGCGUGCGCCACCCGGGCAGUUGCGCAGCAGGCACCCCCGAACCUUCAGAUGAUGAGUCGAAGGAAGAGGAGGAGAACUUCGUGUGACUUAAGGGAGGCCUGGGCCUGGCGUUCAAGGCCUCCCCCAUUUUAUUUAUUGCCACAGCAAAGCCUAAUUUAUGUCCCAUGGACACUUCUCGGAGCCAGGACUGGACCACUAGGGGGAGCCCUGGACCCCUCCCCCAAACUGUAUCUUGGAGGGGUUGGGGGCAGAAGGCCUGGGAACAGUGCUGGUGGGCGAGUGGGACCUCUACCCCAGAUACCCUGCUGCUCAAGAGGACCCCACUUCUGCUCCCUCCGGAAUAACUAUUAAUUAUGACUGCCACAAAGAGGUCUGGGGAUUCUAUGCCAGCAAUUAGUGAAAAGUCACCGUGGCCUUCUAGACCAGGGACCAAGAGGUGAGGAGGGGGUCCAUAGCCUGAGUGUGUGUGUACACGUGAGCCUUAGAACAUGCUCAGAUCCCCGGACAGGCCGAGGAAGCAUCCUCUGUCCCUUACCAGCCCAUGAAUCUAGGGCUUUCCUUACCCACUGCCUCCAUGUACCCAGUAGGUCCUGUGGAGGCUACUAAGAAAAGCCCAGCGUGUCCCCUGGUUCAGGAGGCACUACCCGUGCCUCCUGAUGCAGGCCUCAGCUCAGCGUCAGCUCAGAACAGGGUGGGACCUGCUGGGGCCCAGGAGACCCUGCUCACCCACUGGCCCAGGUGGGCUAGAGAUGCUGAGGUCCAUUUGCACACUUGGCCUCCUGGAGCUAUGUGUCAGCAUCACCUCUAGUGACUGCUGACCUGUCCACAGGUGAGGUCCAGACCUUGGUGCCACAAGGCCCACCCUUGCAGGGCUUCUAGGCCCAGUUCUUAGCGGGACUCAACCCACCAGCUAGGCUCAGGGGCCUCAACCCUGCCCAAUGCUAGCCUAGGGCCAGUUCCCUCCAUUCCACCUGGGCUGUCACUCUGACAUCUCCCUGUGCCUCCAUGUAGACCAGAAGCUCAGACCAGAUAUAGGAACUCAGCCCCUCAGGUUUGGGGCAAGGAGUGCAGGGGGCAGUAUGCACACCCUCUCCCAGUCCCCAGGAAGUGCCUUAUCUGUAACACCCAGAAAAGUACCCUUGAGCAGGUGAGUUUGCUUGAGCCCCCCAAUACGGCAAUUUCCCCUGCCCUGGGGUCCUGACUCACCAAAGAAAUAAAGAUUGUAAA